AUGGCCGGCGCGCGGCGGCGGCGCGGGGCGCUCUGGGCGCUGCUGGCGGCGCUGCUGGCGGCGCUGCAGGCAUCGCUCUGUUCUUCUGAGAAUAACUGCGAGAACUAUGAUCAAUGCACUCAGAACACAUCUAAUUGGACAAGCCUGUGGUAUGUCUGGUUAAUCUUGUUGACUGUAUUUAUGCUCCUGCUCUGUGGGAUCACAGCAAGCUGCGUGAAAUUUUGCUGCCAGAAGAGGAGGCCUCCAGUUCAGGCCUUCCCUACACACCCCUGUGAUUUGACUGUUAUUGUUAUUGAAAAUGACAGCACUGCCCACAGCACAGUGACCUCAUACAGUUCUUUGCAGUGUCCUCCAUGUGCCCCUAUUCCAUUGUCAUACAUGGAUAUGGAUAGGAACACUCUUCCCCCUCCAGCUUACAGUCUCUUUGCAAUGGAGUUGCCACCUUCUUAUGAUGAAGCUAUCCAAAUAGGUAAACAAUAUAUUGAGACAGCACUGGUAAGCCAGAAACUUGAUGACAUCCCUGGACAGGUGAUACCAGGUAGCGGACUCAACCCCAUCCAGUGUUCACUUGGUACAGUUAACAGAGAUCCAGCAACACAGCCAAAUUCUGAAAAUUCACAAGAUGCAGCAAAAGAACACCUUAGCUCUACCUCAUUUCAGGUGGGGAAUAAAGCAAGAGGAGGACUGUAAGAGUCACAGAAGAUGCAAAGAGUUUGGUUGUAUAGGCAUAUUAUUACAGAAAGAUGUUUCCUGUUGUGCCCUUGUAAUGAUCCAUCAGUUAGAAGAAAUGUUGCUUGUGACUGCUGUAAUCCCCUGGUAAAGUUUCUUCAAGGAUAUGAAAUGAAAUAAAAUGGCAGCAGUCUAAAAAUGCUUGUAAAAGUAAGACAUGGAGCUUGCUUGUUUUCUGAUUUAAAAACAAAAAAUGAUUCCUUGUGGCCAGCAUAUGGCAGUAAAAAAGGUGGGAAUGCUGCCAUCUUAGGAACAUAAAGAGCCAGAAUGGUAUAAACAGCAGAUUGUUGUUCCAGAAUAGAAACUUCCCAAACCUGAAUUGAAAGUGGAAUUCCAGCGUGUCAAAGUGAAGAGCAUCUAUAGUUUGUCUCUUGUUUUGGGAAAGUUAACUGUCCUGCAAUUUGCUGGAGCACUGAACUCAUUGCUAUGUGAUGGCAAAUGUUCCUUAAACUGAAGGAAAAAUGCAAAACAAGGACAUGAAAGUGUUUAUGAAGGGAAAGGCAUUAUGUUAUAUUUCACAACUAGAGACAAGGAAUGAGACAGAGGAGAGAUUAUUUUUGUUGGUCUUGAGACCUAAGGCAAUUGUUUGUGUUGUUUUAAUCUUCUACUUUCUAUUUUAAAUAUGAACUGGCUUGUGGGUGGGAUCUUUUUCCUAUAGUUCUUUGUCUGUUAUAGAACAAAAUAGUCUCACAGAGACACUUCUGCACAUGGUUGAGUAUUAUUAAGUUGUUUCAAAUAUUCAUGCUCUUUGCUGAUUGAUCCUGAUAGGUUUGAGAAUCAGUAUAAGCUGGAAAAUGUCCAUUGUUUUGGAAAGCCAAGAGCAUAAGUUUCAGAAUAUACAUAAGAUUGUAGUGCCAGACCUUUAUAAUCGGAUUUCUACUUUGUGGUGGUGUCUUUUAAUUAAAAAAAAUCUAAACCUCUUGCUGUUGAAAGAUUUAAUAACUCAAUCUGAGAAAUACCAAGAAGAAUAUCCUUUGUUUACUCUAUUUUUACAAGAAAAGAGAAUAUGGAAUAAUACAAAUAAUCGUUAGAGGAUCCUUCUGUAUAACCUAACUAAAUAUUACUAUGGCUGAUACAUUUAUACACAAACAUUGUUAAUUUAUUAGUAAAUACCUUCUUUUCCUUAAACUCUCAGUCCAUUAAAUCAUAGGUCUAUGAAGUAGAAUUAAUUCUGAUUUUGAGGGUAGCUUUUUCUAAUGGUAGCAUGAUGGCCUUGUCUGCUGUUUUCCACAACUGUUGAGAGGAAACCAACAAUGCAAUUACCCAUAGCUAAGAAGAAAUGAAUCUACAAGCUACACAUAAGUAACACUUCCCUGGGAUGAAAACCUCAAGAACAGAAAAAGAAAUCUAAAAUAUGAAACUUUUCUAGUUAUUUUGUAGAUGAACCUCCGGUUUGUGAAUACUGUUCUAAGAUUCCGCAUGGAAAAGCUCUUCAUGGCUGCUUGUGUGCCUGGUAAUGAGUAAAUCGGGUGCCAUUUGUUCUGUUCAGUAGCCUUUGUGAUAUGAAGACAUUGGAUGGCAUUUCAUAGAUUAAAAAAUGAAAAAUUAUGAUCAUGAGCCAUCCAUAAUCUCUGUAAAAGUUCAGGUAAGAAGGGAAUAGCACUAUGAAUCCCCUAGAAAAUAUGCUUCUUUUGCCACCUGUUAAAGGAUCAGCUGAAAAGUAGUGUUGCAUUAGAUUGUCAUUUAGUGACCAGUACCUUAAUGUUGAUCAAAAUCAUGAAACAAUACAUUUUAGUGUGGCUAGCUGUACGGUUUAGAAGCUGAGGCUUUCCCAAAAGAACAGGGAUUAUGGAAACUGUAAAUAUCACUUGCAUUAUUUUAGAUAAAUGUUAGAAUAUCAAGUUCAUUUUCUAUUCUUCUUGUUAUAAAAAUAACUUACCUGGGGAGGAAGUCAGUGUCACCAUUGGGAAAUCAUCUAAUCAGCUGAUACCCUAACCUAUGUAUCUGCCACAGCUGUAUAGCACUGGCUUUACCUAAUCAAAAGUAAUACUGUACCCAGAAGUUUUUUACAGAAGGUCGAGAUUACGGAACAUAGGCCAUCAAGAGUAAUCUUCCUAUUGCAGCUUUUUUUAUGAAAGAUUAAUGUGUGCAGGUAUUAUAACUACAUAGUCUUUCGUUACCAAGCAGCAGAAGGGGUGGGCAAAAAGUCUUGCUCAGCUUUUAAAAACAACUAUGCUCUGAUAACCAUUACUGCAAAAACCACCCUGGAGACAAGAAGCACUAAUGAUUUAAAAAUGAAGAUCUCUGCCAGCCAACAGAAAUGAGACUAGAAUCUCUGCUACAAAAUCAUGGUAUGUGAACUGUUCAACAGCAGGCUCCCUAGGGAAGUACUGGCUCUAUAUUUAACUUGCAUAUAGCUUACCAUGAGAGUUGCAGGAAAAGGUUGGUUUAACAAACCUGCUGUUUUUCUGUCUCUCCUGUCCUUAAUUAACUUCUUACUCUCUCCUUCCCCUUCUUUUUCUGAAACAAGGUGGGGAAUAGGCAGGAAUAAUUUUUUAAAACAAAAUGAAUUAGUAUAUUUGGAUGCCUCCAGCUGGAAGAGAUACAUAUGCUCAAUUCUCUGUGUCUCCAGGUCACAAAUACACCAAAUGUAUUCUUAUUUACUGAACCUUUCCAUCAAAAUAGCACUCAGAAACAAAUUCUGUGCUUUCUAAAGAUUCUAUCAUAAAGAUAGAAUUAGACUAGACUAGACAUAGAUAAAUUAGACUAGAAUUCUGGCCUUGUGUCCUAGGGAAUUUAGUGGUCUACAAGCUAUGCAAGGAUAAAAGCAUUUCUAUUUAAAUGAAAUUGCCAACAUAAAGGCCUCCCCUGAACUCCUAACCUCAACUAUUUAAUGGCUGUGAGUUUCAAACUUUCACUCUGUGCUCAGAAAAUGCAGUUUAUCUUAGGACCCUUCUUUAUUUCCCGUGAAAUAAAAAAUUAUGAAUUCUUCUGUA